UUAACUUUAAUUGUGAAAGAAAUGAAAAGUUGUUGCUCUAUUUAUCUGUGCAUUUCUUAAAUGUUUACUACAACCGCUCCUUUCAAAUGUGAGGUGACAGCAUGUUAUCGAUAUCUGACUUCAGGGCUGCAUGGACUUCGUCGGUCAGCGGUACAAAAAUUCCAAGCAACAUUCAAAGCUCUCAACGAUUCGGGGCAUAAUUUGAUUGAUGUAAUGAACUCUUCCGGGGUUUCCUAAUUUUUGGCGGGAAGUCGAGGGCUCGCGAUUGCCAUCGUCAUCUCUCAUGGCAACUAAAACAUAGCAGGCAUUUAAUGAACGUUCACAAAACACCUAGAUUCAGCUGAGCUUUGAGAAGGCUUCCUGAAAUUUCGACAUCCCAACUAAAAUUCCCAGUAGCAAAACACCAAUGGAUGCGACGUGCAGGGCAAUGGAGCAGCUGCUGGCUGCAGUUGAGAUGGGAGGUAGCCACAGCGAGGCGACCACACCAUCGGCCACGACCACCAUAUCGAUCUGGAGCGCCCCCUCCAAGGGCAGUGGCUCUAGUUCCAUGGACCCUGUCUCUUUUCGGUUCCACUUGGACGGGCAGCCUAUACUGCCGCCGUUGAUGACGAGCGCCAAGAGGCGCGAGGUGCAGCUGGCCCGACAGAUGGCUAAAACGCUGGAGGAGCGGUACCGCCUGGCCAGACACUCGGCGGGAUCCGACAUGGCCAGUCGGAGAAGUGUGUCACAGUUGCAGAAGACAGAGACGUUAAUCUAUGACAGCACAAGGGACCAGGCUCGUCCUCAGACUCUGGUCUUUGGCAUACAGUUGCCCACCAUACAGGUGGAUCCUCCCACGCCUCAGCCGUUGGUGGAAUCAAUAGAAAACACUUCCCCAAGGCGGCAUAAUCGCAUCACCGAUCGUAUCCUGCAGUUCGAGCAGUCGGGACUGGGUAAGCUGCUGCCCAAAGAUAAGUGUAUCCUGCGCACAAGUCCUGCGGUAGCCGAAAACCAGUAUCAGGAUACAAAGGACACAACUGCAAUGGAGCUCGGCAGUCCACUGGCAGAACCAGCUGUUUUUCAGCGCUCGAGAAGUUUCACACUAGACGAGCCCUCCCAGGUUCUCGUAGAGCACAUGCAAAGGGAGGCCCUGGCUGUCAAACCCAGCCAGAGUUUGGCCAACUUCGAGAGGCAGACCAUCGAGUCUCAGGCCAAGCGGGUGAACCGCAGUGCAAGGAGCAUUAGCAGCAACAUUAGCCACAACAGCUACAAUAGCAACACUAGCGCCGCAACCAAGAGCACCAUCGCCACUAAAACCACAACCGCCGGCAGCAGCUCCUCCAGGCGGGAUCGCGAGGUGGAGCGUAUAAUAGAACGGGCGCUGGACGCUUUGGAAGCCAGCCGCAAGGCGGGAGUGCGCAACUAUCUGCGUGGCCAUCGGGAGCGGAUGAAUCAAUUGGUCAUUCACCAGGAGAAGGAACGUCGUCGCAUGCAGGCCCAGUUUGAUCAUCAGCAGCGUCAGCUCAUAGAGGAACUAUGUGCUGAAAUUGAUAUUUCAUCCGGCGCCGAAAAUCCUGACAGUCUGAUAUCGCAAAGCACCAGUACGGGAGACCUACAGCGUUUCUCCCCCGCGCCUACGCUACCCUCCUUUUCAUAUGCUACGCCGCACAGCUUCCAGGACAUGGAAGACUUUCAGACGAUGGAAGACAAGUGCCAAAUGGUGGGGCCUUCUUCCGCUCGCAAGAGGUUGUUUAGUCCGAAACUAGCACAGGGCUACGACUCGGAACCGCAGCCGCUCAGUGCUCCCAGCACACCGCGAUCGUUGCCCCUCAGGAACAGCAGCUUAACCAAUAGCAGACGAAGUGUCCAAGUUGUCCGGCGCCGAUCGAAAACUGUGGGCAGUAGUCCAGGAAAAACAAUCACCGCAGCAGACCGUGAGGUGAAGAAAUCGCCAGCGAAUCCUGCAGGUGGAGCAGGUCGACCGAAGAGUUCUCCGGGAAAAAAUAGCUCCAUUAUAGCGAAAAGGGGAAACGCACCACCAAAAAACGCCUCACCGCCCAAGCGGGUGGGCAAUAAAUAUGACGAGCUGAAACAGGAAGAGCGCCAGUGGGCGGCCACACGUAUAAAUGCCGGUGUGCGAGGAUUCUUGGUCCGCCGGCUUUUUGCUACCGAGCAAGUGCAGCGCAUUGUCCAAACCAUCAGAGACACCCUGAUCUUCGUGUUGAACCUACAUCUGGAAACUUUUGAAAAUGGCCUGGAUGCAGAGGAGCCUGCAAACUUGCGCCUCAAGGCGCGAUUGCUUCAACAGCUCUGCUCCGCCAGUCGUACCCUGCACCUGAUCUUCUUCCAGACCAACAUAAAGGACCGCAUGGAGAUCAUCGCUCGGGAUCGCCAGAGGAUCAAGACCAAACUACUCCUCAAACAUCGCCGAUCGAAUUAGGAUUUCAUAGGUUAGAUUGCUCGAAUAAAGGAAACGAUAAAUGAA